AUGCGCGCUCGGGUUCUCAAGGUGGCUCCAGGACGGCGCGCGCGCCUCGAAAGGCUGGCAGUUGCCGGGCGCGCCGCCGCGCUUGUGAAGUACUCGCUCUCUUUGAGACCGGGCGAGGUCAACAUGUUCCAGAGGGGCCAGCCCUCCACCACAGCUGCAGCGUACGAAAAAGUGUGGAACGGUUUGGCCGAGUACUGCCUGCUCCGCGGCGACUACGAGUCGCUGCUCUUCCUCGACGACCGUGUACCCGUAAGCAUGCCAUCGAUGGGCGCGAGAACCAUCGCAGAGUACAUUGAUUACAAGACUCAGCCGCGUAGUACAGCUUUAGACGAUGAGUAUGGACGGGCUAUUCUAGGCGCGGACCUGGAGCCGGUAUGUUGUCCCUUGUCAUGA